AUGUCUGCUGUCCGGGGCCUCGUGUCCUUUACCGAGCUCGCCCGCGGCGUCUCGGAGGGCAGCGAUGCCAUGUCGGUUUCCUCGGGUGGCUCCGAGGAGCACGAGGACCGCUGGCUCUGCUGCGGGUGCUUCGAGAAGCACGACGUUGGCAUCGCCAACGACGUCGGCGCGCGUUCCUGGUGGUGCGGGCACGCGCAGUGCUCCAACUGCUGGGAGUACUCCCGGGUCGCCAAUUGGGUGAUCGGGAUUCCGGGCGGCGGGUUGAUUGGGGAUGGAGAUGAGGAGAUGGAGGAGGAGGCCGAGGAGGAGGAGGAGGAGGAGGAGGAGGAGGAGGAGGAGGAGGAGGAGGAUGAGGAAGAGGAAGAGGAAGAGGAAGAGGGCGAGGAGAGGGAGGCGGAGGCGGAGGUGGGAGAGAACGCUUUGCCCUAG